UGGGCGGGGCCUUCCUCUCGCUCCUGCUCGGGGCCCGUCCGUCUCUCCCCGGCGGCGCUUCUCCCGGGAAGCCGCAAGAUGUGACGGAGGCGAGGAGCGCUGCGCUUUGUUUGGCCGGGGUCCGAGCCAUGCUUUAAACCUCUUCUGCUCAAACAAGUGGCUACCCACGGGUCACUAUGGCAGCCAAGCAGCCUCCCCCUCUGAUGAAGAAGCACAGCCAGACAGAUCUUGUGAGCCGACUGAAGACACGAAAGAUCCUAGGGGUUGGCGGGGAGGAUGAUGAUGGUGAAGUUCAUAGGUCAAAGAUCAGUCAAGUCCUGGGCAAUGAAAUUAAAUUUGCUGUGAGGGAACCUUUAGGACUCAGGGUUUGGCAGUUUGUGUCAGCAAUCAUUUUUUCCGGGGUUGCCAUCAUGGCUCUCGUCUUUCCUGAGCAGCUCUACGAUGCUGUCUUUGAAGAAGAAUCCGUCAACAGUAAGAUGCCAGUUCGCCUGUAUGGAGGAGCCUUGCUUAGUAUCUCCCUCAUCAUGUGGAAUGUUCUGUACACAGUUGAGAAGGCCAUCAUCCGUUGGACCCUGCUAUCAGAAGCAUGUUACUUUGGUGUACAGUUCUUGGUUACUACCAUCACACUGGUUGAAAGUGGCCGAGCAUCCACAGGAGCAAUUCUGCUUCUCACCAGCCGGGUCAUCUUUGUACUUAUCAGCCUUUAUUAUUAUUACCAAGUUGGACGCAGACCCAAGAAAAUCUAAUCUGAAAGACUUCUGGGAUGUGGGUGGGGCAUGGGCAAAGGGGCUUGUCAUCACUUUUACAUUCUUUUUUUGGUACAUUUUUAUGUUUUAUGUCUUUCAAAUUGGGACUUUUGUAUGGCAUGCCUCAAUGUAUACAUCCGGAACUGGUGUUUACUGCUGCCACCAGAGAUGGAAGAGGAGAGAUCAAAUCCAGUCUGGAGACUGAUGGAAGGCUAAAGUAGGCAAGAAAAGACACUGUGGAGCUAUCAAGGGCUAAUUAGAUCUAGUGGUUGUGGUUGUGGAGAGAUUCGCUUUAUAUAGAAAAUGGCACAUGAUCAAAGUAUAGGAGCAUGAGAAAAUGGGGUAGUCUCUUAAAGUUGGAUUCAAAGCACAAAAGCUGCCAAAUAACCCUUGUGAAUGGUGUACUGGAGGACAGCAAUGGUUUGCAGACUGAAAGCUGUGCUGACAGUCCUGAAAGGCGUGCAUGGGGAGUGGUAGGAGUACUGAAGCCACAGUUGGCUUAAGAAGUUAGAACUCAGCCUCCAACUAAUAUCUUGGAUGUGUUAAUAUCUCUGCCAUGUCUUUAAACCUUUGAUCUUUUCAGGACCACUGAGCAUAAUAAUUAAGAGUAUACUCGGAAUUUUUUUUAAGGUGGCCAGAUAAAAAAUAUCUGGACCACUUUCUUCUUCUACAUGGGCCAGUCCUUGCUCUGUACUUCCUGAGGGCUUCUUGUACUGGUUUAUUUUUUCUGGUACCAGGCAUUAAAGAUUUCCCCACUCCAUCUCAUGAUUCCAGAUAUAACACAGGGAAAGGGGAAACAUGAGGGAGACCAAGAAAUCAUCCAUUCACACCAAUCACUAACACUAAUGUGUGAAUACAGGGUACUAGAGAUUUCUGACAUUCAUCCCCUUAUACAGCAAUGGAAACUACAUUUUUAUCUGUUUUGAAACACAAUUAUAGCGAAGAAGCCAAGGAAAUUUCAGGAAUGUGCUACUGUGAACAGUGGCUAUAUGUAUUCCUUAGCCUAAUUCAGUGCAUACUUCAGUUAUGUGUGCAUUGUUACUUACUUCAGGCCCUUUGGGUUUGGUGGUUGAUCCAGUCUUCUAUGAGAAGAACUAUUUGACUUAUCUGUAAUAUAGUACUUUCCAGCAUGGAGGGAUGAACAUCUUUAUGUAGGUUGCUCUUGCCAUUUACUCCAAUAGGCAGGAACAUGGAAACCUUUUCUGAGAGUACCCACUACGGAGGGCAUAUGGAGACCAAACUGGAAUUUCUUAUGGCAUUCUUCAAUGUGUACAUCCAGAAUUGAUAUUUACAGUUGCCACAGUACAUACUUCCAGAGCUGGUGUUUACAGUCCAAACAAUAUGUCAGCUUUUAUUCUGGUUAGUUGUUCAGAAUAUGACAUUUUGUCAGUUGCUCCUAUCCUAAUCCUCCUCCUUUAUUGCCCCAAAGGCCUUUAAAGUUUAGUGAGGGAAAAGCCAAUUUGGGAGGCCCUUCCCUUUCCUGACUGUGUAUAUGAAAUACUUCCCGAACACCAGCCACUGACCCCCAGGGUGGGCAGGGCAUUUGGCUCAUCACCACUGAAAAUGACUCAUGGUGCAUGUAAGAAAAAUGCUUAUUUUCCCAACAGUGAAGAGCAUCUUUCUGUGGCUCCCCUUGCCAGGGGGAUAAAGUUUGUGAUGUAUUAUGACUUCUCUUCACUAUUUGCUAUCCAAAGAUAAAGCGUUAGCUUUCCUCUGUGCUGAGGCAGGUCAGGAUCUUGAAAAUGCAGAUAGGCUUGAGUCCUGAAGUCUUAAUUGACUUUCCCAAUAAGAUCUUAAAAUUUUCAGGCUGGAACAGUCUGAUGUAGUACUAGAGUGUCAUCAAAAGCUAGCCUCUGUACUUUGCUUGUUUUGGGAUGGGUGUUGGCAUCGCUCCCUCAUAACUGACAGAGAAGCUUCAGGGGUGCUUCUGAGUCUCUGGGGCACCUGGGGCUUCCUUACUCACUAACUCCUAAUGCCCACGUGGCUUCAUGACACUCACAAAAGUGCGAGUGGGAGAUGUAUACAUUAAGGAAAGUUUAGGAAUUGAAGAGUAAGACAGGUGGGAUAGAUUAAACCAUGGAAAGAAUAGUUAGUGGAAGGUAGGUUAGAAAAAUAAAGAUGAGUGAAGUAGAAUUGCAUCCUUAAAGGCAGGAACUACAGUUCCUAGUGGGAACUCUCAGAAAAGGUUUUUGUGUACCUUUUGUUAAUGGUACACAACAUCCAACUCAUAUAUAGAUCAUCCUCACUUCACUGCUGGGAAAUGGAAGUGUUCUUGAAAGCAAAUGAAGAUGUGUUAAGAUGCCCAGAACUUGGAAAAGUUAAUUUUUGAACUAUAACUGCAGUAUACUCCAGCAAGAAAAUUAAUUUUUCCAAGCUUUGUUGAUUCCUGUGUUAUGUCAUUAGAUAGUUUGAAUGUUCCCUCAACAAGAAUGCUGUCUUCCAUUAGUUGUAUUGUGUGACUAAAUGCAUCCUCUUGUAAACCUUAGCUUGGGAAAAAGGAUUGCAUAAGGGUUGCGUGCCCUCCACCUCACCUCUGCUCCUGUGUGGACUUGAAGGCCACGCAGUCCUCUGGUCAGUUUAGCUGUGCUGAGUAGGAGGAUCCAUUCUGCCAAGCGAUCUGUGUGCUUUUCCCUUAUCUUCCCAUGUUUCCCCAUUUUGAAUAGCAUCCCAAAGCUUUGUGAUUACCAUUGUUUAUUUUUUUAAUAAUUCUGUCACUUAACCAAAAUAGAUCAGGAUUAGCAUAUUUAAAUUUCCAAUGAUACCUAGUUCUUUGAAUCCACUGUUAUUUAUUACACUUUUCUAAAAUAAUGAUAUUAGGAUAGUUUAGAAUAGAUUGUGGGGAUUUUUGAGGUGUUGUUAUUAAGUCCAGGUUUCUGGUGAAUCUUUGCCAGACUUUUAGUGUGGUCAAGAGGCAAACAAUCCAGCACUUGAGAUUUCAUGUCUUUAUCUCUCUCCCAUCUUUCAAUUCUCUGCCAAUAACUUCAAGUGAAAUUGGAAAGUGCUUAUUAUCCCCUUGUAAGCUACAAACUUAGAACAGAGCAAACCUACUAUGUGUCACUUGAGGCUUUGCUCUAGAAUUUUGUCUUCUAGGGUUUUUUUAAAAUACAAACUUUUAAUACAAACUUUAGAGCUUCCUGUCUUCUACCUUUAAAUAUACACCUCACCAUAGUUUUUGUAUGUAUUGCCUGAGACCAGGAGAACUGUAUCUUUUGAUGUGAAUUUGAGGGCUUUCUCCAAGAGAAGACCAAACAACGUGGGCCAAAAUGCAACAAAUACAGAGCAAUUGGACAUGGUUUGUUUUUUUGCUGGGACACAGAACUUAACAUAGGGAGGAUUUAUAACAAGCUGACUAUGCUUACUGUUUAAAAUCACAGCAACACCCUUAUACCCUUGGCAACAACAGCAUUGUAUUUGGAAAGCCAAAGGAAUGUUCCAUGGACAGUUGGCAAUGUCUGCUGGCUUUUGGCUACAGUGAAUCUCUCCCACGAAAGAUUGCCUUGUUUAUCAUCUUUUGGUAUUUAUCAACAUUUGCAUAAAUUUGGACUGCUAUGUGCAUCAAGUGAAUGGCCACAUGAAGACCACACAUCAAGUGGGAAUCCUCAAAUUGUCUUGAACUUUUGAUAUAAAUCUGGUGACUCAAGUGUAGACUUUAGAAUCCAAGGAUAGUAACUAAGAGUCCAGUGUGAGGUUAAACUCCUCAACAGCAGCAAAUUUUGUUUAUGCUUACAUUGAAGUGUCACACACCAUUCUUGGUCUCUGGAAAAGAUAAUCUGUACACUAUGUGAAAUAAGUGUGAUUUUCAGCAAUUACUUCCUGACUAUGAUCAUUUUUGUUCCAAGGAGGGUGGGGUUGUGGCCUUGUCUGUUUAAGGCAGAUGUCAACUGCAGAAAAUAACUAAUCUGUUCAGAGGUGCUCUUUCUUGUGUCCAAAAAACUGGAAUUGAGUGUUGCAGAGUAGUUGGGAAUAAUAAUUGCUUUAAAAUUACAA